CCGCGAAAUCCAAGCUGCUGGACUGGCGUUGGAUGCCUCCCAGCAUCUCGUUUUGCACCAUGAGGACAGAUCCAUAGUAGGGAUAGGUUCUACAUGAUAGUAAUAUCAACCACGCGUUUCAACAACGAAGCAUCGAGAUAUCACAUAGAAUAAACCACUCAGCAAGAGACCUAGGGGCUUGGAGAGACACGUAUCGAUUCGUCCGAGUGAUAUCCCAUUCUGAUAUCGCCAAGGAAGAGAUUUCUCCCAUCCCGGAAAGGCUGAAGUGCAGCAUGCGGGAGGAGCCGCUUCCGUACAUGUGUACAUGUCCGCCUGGUUCGCUUUUCAUCCCCUGCCGGUGCAAUUGGAUAGUCAGCCAAAUACGAUGUAAAGAUCCGAAUGUCCAUACUCCCCUUCCUCUCACGUUCUUCAAAGAGCAGCAAUCUGCUAGUCGUCGGGUGUGGACUGCUUGGUCUCUUUGCAACUGUUAGGACCAAAUACUCUAAUCCUGGUCAAACGAAGCGGCCCAGUUACCGCUUCACAGCGAAUCGUAUGUUCGGAGAUUCUCAGCGGGCAUUACAUUGGUACUCGGAACAGGACAGUAAUUUUGCCUAGAAUUCAUUUGGACGGUAGUGAUUCAUCGCGGCUUAACCAAAGGCACAGGUUUAUGUGCAAGCGACGGCUGCCUUCAUGGAGUAGUUCCAUACCCCCCAUUCCACUUUUCGCGAACGUUUGGAGAUUUUUCCUGGGCCAAGUUUGAAAGCGACACUCAUUUCGGAUAAGUUCUAGGAUUGCACGUGUGGCGCAGCCCAGUUUCCAGACGGUUGAGGGUGCUCAUUCGUCCCCUUUACGUUGUUUGUGAAUCCUCUCAUCCACUCAAUGACACGCGCCAUCCCCUGUACACUACACCGUGCCCAGACGCCGCGCCAUGAGAAUCGAA